AUGGCCGCCCCCGGGAGCCUCGGGGUCCCCGUCCUGAAAGAUGUUGUGGCCUAUGUUGAAGUGUGGUCAACCAAUGGGACAGAAAAUUACUCAAAGACCUUUAGGAAUCAACUUGUGGAUAUGGGGGCGAAGGUUUCAAAAACUUUUAACAAACAAGUAACUCAUGUCGUGUUCAAAGACGGGUACCAGAGCACCUGGGAAAAAGCACAGAAGAGAGGCGUGAAACUCGUCUCAGUGCUCUGGGUUGACAAGUGCAGGGCAGCUGGAGUGCACAUUGAUGAGUCGCUGUUCCCUGCCGCCAACGCUAACCAACACCUACCAAGCCUGCUUAAAAAAAAACGCAAGUGUAUGCAGCCCAAAGAUUUUAUUCCCAGAACACCAGAAAACGAUAAAAGACUGCAGAGGAAAUUUGAGAAAAUGGCUAAAGAGCUGCAACAGCAGAAAACCACUCUGGGUACCAGUGUUCCUGUUCUCUUAUUUGAAUCUAAUGGCUCGCUGGUGUACAGUCCGACAGGUAAAGUCCACGGGGCCCACCGCAGUGCGAUGAGGAGGAGGCUGCAGGAGAUGAAGGAGAAGCGGGAAAGCCUUUCCCCCACCUCCUCCCAGAUGAUUGAACAGUCUGAUGUUAACACUGUGAACCUUCUGCAUGAAGCAUCUUUGAACCUUUCACAUGAUACUUUGUGUUCAGACGACUCUUUUGCUGGUGGUCUUCCCGUGUCUGCUGAAGAUCUCUGUGGAGGCUCCGCAAGUGGGACUCAGGAGAGGAAUCUGGGCGAGUUCAUCACUGAAAGGGGAAGUGACGUGUGUGCUGCAUCGCUGGUGCUGCAGACAGGCAGCGUCAGCCCCUCAGCAGCUCCCUAUCCCCUGGGUCUCUUGACUCCUCGCAGAUCCACCAGCAGUCCUCCCAAGGCAGAGACCCCCCAGCAGAGCGGGGCUGCGGGUGGGGUUGUCACCCCCGUCUCAAAACCAUCACGGCCAGCGGCCCAGGGGCCGUCUGACGGGAAGAGGCCUUUGUCUCCUGUGUCCUCCGCUACAAAAGGCCGCCCGGGGGGUCGUGCACAACGCAUGGGCUCCUCAACCAAGAGUAAAAAGACACCGGAGAACUCUUGUCCAGCCUCGGAGAAGAGACGGAAGAGGAGGCGGUCCCUCGGGCAGCGCCCUGCACCCCGACUGCGGCUGUGGAAGGCGGAGAGCAGCCUGCGGUCUGUGCGGAGGCCCGCUGUCAAGAAUCUGGCCCUGGAGGAGUUCUCGUACGAUGAUUACUUUUCUCCUGAUAAUCUCAAGGAGAGGGUCUCGGAGGGGCUUCUUGGGGAGCAGCUGCCCUCCAGACCCCCUCCGCUCCACUGCCAAAGGAGCCUUUCCAAGACCGAGAGGAGCAGCCUCCUGGACAGGGCUGACCUCUCCCUCAUCGGCAGACGCCCUAGGCCCGCCGUCGGCACCUGUUCCACAGCAAAGCCCGGCCCCGCCCUGGAGAGGCCUGCGCUCUCCGGGGCAGACGCGGGGCUGGGUGGCGGGACCUCGGGAGGCACGCCUGCUGCUGACGGGACCCCCGGGCCCUGUCCCUGGGCCAAGGCCCAGGGUGGGGGCGAUGCCCGCCCCGCUGGGGGUGACACUCUGCACACCCCCAGCGGACUCGCUCCCCAGACGGGACCACAGGGAGACCCCAGCCUUCUGACAGGAAGCAGGGAGGAGACGGAAGAAUGGACUGACACCCAGAGCACGCAGAAAGACGGCGCUCCUCCUGGAACAGCGGAGUCCGCUGCAGCGCACAGCGAGGGUGAACUGAGCACUGCGGAUGACCGUGCUGAGGAAAGAUCCACGGGGGCGAGGGAGGCGCCAGCCCAAGGAAGUAGUGAAAGUGUGAAAAGUGGACCAACAGGGCACGGUGUUGUGGCCGGCUCACGGAAGGGCUGCCAGGACCUCCUCAGACCGCGGGAGGAAUCCAGGAAGAAGGGGAGAGGCCAGAAGCCAACAAGAACAUUAGUCAUGACAAGCAUGCCAUCUGAAAAGUACGGCGUGGUGAUCCAGGUCGUGAACAAACUGAAGGGCUUCUCACUGGCGCGGGAGGUGUGUGGUAGCACCACGCACGUGCUGGCUGGGAAGCCGCGCCGCACCCUCAGCGUGCUGCUGGGCAUAGCGCGCGGCUGCUGGAUCCUGUCCUUCGAGUGGGUACUGUGGUCUUUGGAAAUGGGUCACUGGAUUUCCGAGGAACCAUUUGAACUGUCUAACUACUUCCCUGCAGCUCCUCUCUGCCGCCAGGAACGCCUGUCUUGCGCUGGGCAGUACCGCGGAACCCUGUUUGCCGACCAGCCGAUCAUGUUCAUCUCCCCGGCCAGCAACCCCCCCAGAGCCAAGCUGCGGGAGCUGGUCGUGCUGUGCGGGGGUCGGGUCACACAGGUCCCUCGCCAGGCCAGCAUCUUCAUCGGACCCUCCCCGGGAAGGAAGAAGGAGACGGUCAAGUACCUGUCGGAAACAUGGAUCCUAGGCAGACUCUUCACCAUCUGAACCACCAGGGAAGCCCUGCAGUCACGAGCUGACCCCUUAUGUACAGAUACCCGGCUGCACAGACCCUGCCAUUUCCCAGCCCUAAAAUUCGUGGCUCAUCUUGUCAAGAUAAAGCUCCCGCGAGGGCCCUGAGGGUCCCCGAACUCUACACACAGGACCACACCUGGCUGUUGGCAACCGGAGUCUUAGUUCAAAUAAAGUGACUUAUCUGCCCCACCCUUAAAAAAAAGAAAAAGCACUGGCAGCAUGUUGACUCGACAUCCCAAGCACACGACCACACAGAAGCACGGCCAGUGAACUUGAGCGUGUGCACAUAACGUGUUCCAAGACCGAUCUGCUGAAAACAAGCAAAACCUGGGUUUCUGUCUUUCCAGUUGCAAUUUCAUGGGAGCCGCUCGUGCGUGAUCUGUCCCCUCUCAGCUGGCGGGGCCUGGCACUGCGCUAACACCUGUCUUGUGGUCACGUUUUAUGGGGUGUUUGACGAUCGUACAUCUGACAUGACAUUUGAAUUUGGGGACGUGGCAGUCUGCAGACGCCAAAUGAACUUGUACAGAAAUCCCUCUCCCCGGGUGUGUUUACA